AUGUUCGGUAGGCUCCGCUGGAGUCCCACGGCCGCGUCCCCAAAUUCCCGUGUGGUGACAGUGUCGCAGUGCAGUGCUAGUGCUCGUGUAGGGUCUCCUGGGGCGGAGAGCGAGUUCGGGCCGCAGGGCGGCGCAGAUCGAUACGCCGUGGAAUGGCGCAACAAUGAGCCAGGGGGGCUCCAGACGGCCCUACUCGCGCGGGGGCCCGCGCUGGCACCCGCGCUACAAGGACUAUUGGGACUACGAACAAAACUACAGCGAUGGCAGCAGUGCAGGGAGCCCGAAGGAGGCCUGCGUGGCGCAGUCCCCGCCGCCCGCGCCCGCCAAGCGGCACCCGCACCACCACGACCAGAGGAGAUUGAGUGUCGAAUUACGAGUGAGCCCGGGCGCCGGAGCGGGUCCGUCGGCGGAGUCGCCGCAUCUGCACCACGCGCCACAUCAUCAUCACAUGAAUUACGAGUGAGCCCGGGCGCCGGAGCGGGUCCGUCGGCGGAGUCGCCGCAUCUGCACCACGCGCCACAUCAUCAUCACAUGCAAUAUCCUUUGCAGGACACAAACCCGUUGGAGGGCUCGGCGCCGCUGGUGGAGUCGGUGGUCAGCAACGCGGGCUCGUCCGACGGAGAGCUGUCCAGCAAGCCCGGCGACAGUCCCACCAGGAAGAGGCGGCGGAUCUCGAGACACUUGUCCUCUGGUGAAAGCAACGUGUCAGUGGCAGCGCCGCCAGUCGAGAGGCGGACGCCCAGACACCACUACCAGCCACCGCGUCGCGUGCGCUACGUGUCAGGGAACGGCGCGGGCGUGUGGCACGAGCGUCUGCUCGACCAGCACCCGCCGCACCCGCAUCCGCCGCACCCGCACCCUCACCCGCAUCAGGCGCACCCGCACCCGCACCCGCCGCACCCGCACCCGGCGCACCCCGCGCACCCGGCGCACCCCGCGCACCUGCCGCACGCGCACCACACGCCGCUGUUGUUGGAUAUCAAUCAGAUGUCACUCCGCGGCGCCCGCCUCAGCGCGCUGUCCGGCGGCGUGGGCUGGCCGCACGCGCACCGCGACCACCCCGCGCACCCCGCGCACGCCGCCCGCACGCAGGUACGACCCCCCGACCCCCGACCCCGACCCCUCGACCCCUACGACCCCUCGACCUUAUACCCCCCAUCAGGGGAGAGGAGCGCGGUUAAAUUACUGAUUAGGGUCUACUCA